AUGAUCUUUUCAACCUUGCUGGUCGUCAAGAGCAGUGUCCGUACCAUAUUGGCCGAGCUAUCUCGUCCUGCAGCUGUCGAAAUGAGUUGCGACCUUAUUGGCACAGGCUCUCGUAUAUAUCUUGCCCAAGGGUGUUUUAUGUGGGGUUUCACUCAAUGGACCUGGGAACCACAUCGCGGCGCUAUCAGUCUCCAACGUUUCCCCCUUUUCUACAUCAUCAAGUACGCGUCAGACAGUCGUGGUCCCGGUGCCUCUUCAACUCAGAGUAGAGAACAUUUUAUCGAGAGCUGCGCUGACGAAGACUGGAUUUGUGUGGACUACGUUGGGAUUCUAUCUCCACUGGUGACUCUGCCCGCUUGA